AUGGCGGAACCUCUCACCAGAGUAGACUCAGCCGUCCAGGGUCUCUCCGAGUCCCCCCCGAAGGAGAAGAUUUCUCAUCGCAGAGCCAGCUCAAGUGUAGCUGGUGUACAGAGUAUGAAGGACAUGUGGGAAACGAGAACGAAACUCCAAUUGGCACCGGAAACGCAAAGAACUGGAUGGAAGAUCAAUACAUCUUCCUCUCAUGUCGAGGAGAAAGACAUACUAAAGAAGCCCUUGGUAACACCAAUGGUGAGAGCAAUUGAUCUAGUAACGGACCUUGGCUCUGUGAUAACGGCACGGAAUCGCCAAGGCGUCACUAUCAAAGAUGCAUUAGACGCUAUCUAUAAGAUGAACAAGAAGAGGGCCGACGAUGAACUUGACAAACCAUUCCUAGAAGGCUUCGAGUGGGCUCCCGAAUAUAGAGAAUACGACGAAGAAACCGAAAAGGGGCGGAAGGAGAUGGAAGAAGAAUGGCAAAGGCUUAUAAUACAUUUAUCACCGACGCCAGGCGUUUCAAACUUUAGCAGCAAGAAGAAGAAGAAGGCAGCUGCAGCCGAAUAA